CCAAUUGUGACCAACUGAGACUUACCAUACAUUUGACAAACAUGGACAAGUCCUCCAAAGUCAACAAUUUGUCGCCAAUUUUCAACAUGGAGAGCAGUUCAACUUCGAAGUCCUCGGCACUUGUUCACAUGGUGGAGAUGGAGCAGUUCAAAGGCCACCCCCGCCUGCCGAAAUUCGCCGUGCCGAAACGGUACGACAUAACGCUCAAACCGGACCUCACCGCCUGCAGUUUCGGCGGUUCCGUCGCUGUCCACCUCGACAUCGUCUCCGAUACCCGGUUCAUCGUCCUCAACGCCGCCGACCUCUCCGUCGAUGCCGCUUCCGUGUCUUUCGCUUCCUCCAAGGUACUUUUCAAGCCUUGGAAAGUUGAGACAUUUGAAGAAGAUGAGAUUUUGGUUCUGGAGUUUGGGGAGACGCUGCCGAUUGGUUCGGGAGUUUUGGGUAUUGGGUUUGAAGGAAUUUUGAAUGACAAGAUGAAGGGAUUCUACAGAAGUACAUAUGAGCAUAACGGUGAGAAGAAAAAUAUGGCAGUUACGCAGUUUGCACCGGUUGAUGCCAGGCGGUGCUUUCCCUGCUGGGAUGAACCUGCUUGGAAGGCUACAUUCAAGAUUAGAUUGGAUGAUGUUCCAUCUGAAUUAGUAGCUCUUUCCAACAUGCCGAUUGUAGAAGAAAAAGUGGAUGGACAUCUGAAGACAGUUUCAUUUCAAGAAUCACCAAUCAUGUCUACAUAUUUGGCGGCAGUUGUUGUUGGGUUGUUUGAUUAUGUUGAAGAUCAUACAUCUGAUGGGGUCAAAGUUCGGGUAUAUUGUCAAGUUGGUAAGGCAAACCAAGGGAAGUUUGCUUUGGACGUUGCUGUCAAGACUCUUGAAUUUUACAAAGAUUACUUUGCUGUGCCAUACUCUCUGCCCAAAUUGGAUAUGGUUGCAAUCCCUGAUUUUCCUGGCGCCAUGGAGAAUUAUGGUUUAGUUACAUACCAAGAAACCGCUUUGCUCUUUGACGAACAGCACUCUGCAGCUGCGAACAAGCAAUGGGUUGCAACUGCCGUGGCACAUGAAUUGGCACACCAGUGGUUUGGCAAUCUUGUAACGAUGGAAUGGUGGACGCAUUUAUGGCUGAACGAGGGAUUUGCGACAUGGGUGAGCUAUUUAGCUACUGAUAGCUUGUUCCCAGAGUGGAAAAUGUGGACUAAAUUUCUUGAUGGAAUUACUCGGGGUCUUAAGCUGGAUGGGCUUGAAGGAUCUCACCCCAUUGAGGUGGAGAUCAAUCAUGCUGCUGAGGUUGUUGAAAUAUUUGAUGCAAUAAGUUAUAGAAAAGGAGCUUCUGUUAUCCGGAUGCUGCAAAACUAUCUUGGUGCUGAAUGCUUCCAGAGGUCACUUGCUGCAUACAUAAAAAAGCAUGCUUCCUCAAAUGCAAAGACAGAAGAUUUAUGGGCUGCCCUUCAGGAGGGAUCUGGUGAACCUGUGAACAAGCUAAUGAAUUCAUGGACACAGCAAAAGGGCUACCCGGUUAUCUCUGUCAAAGUCAAAGAUCAGAAAUUGGAGUUUGAGCAGACACAAUUCUACUCGAGUGGUUCCCAAGGUGAUGGGCAGUGGAUUGUGCCGAUAACAUUAUGCUGUGGCUCAUAUGACGUACGUAAGAGUUUCCUACUACAAAAGAAGUUUGAAAGUUUUGACGUAAAGGAAUUUCUAGGUUGCUCCAUAGCAGAGACUGCAUGUAGAGGCUCAUUAUGCAGUUGGAUAAAAAUCAAUGUGGAUCAGAUUGGUUUUUACAGGGUGAAAUAUGAGCAGGAACUUUCAGCUGCACUUAGAAAUGCUAUAGAAAAGAAACACUUGUCUGCAACUGACAGAUUUGGAAUUUUGGAUGAUUCAUUUGCUCUUUCUAUGGCUCGCCAGCAGUCAUUUGCUUCACUGCUUACCUUGCUGGGUGCUUACAGAGAGGAACUUGACUGUACAGUGCUGUCAAAUUUGAUUGCCAUAAGUUAUAAGCUGGCAACAAUUGCCGCUGAUGCGGUGCCUGAGCUACUGGAUCUCAUUAAUCAAUUCUUUAUUGGCCUUUUCCAGUGCUCUGCAGAGAAGCUUGGUUGGGAGCCUAAACCUGGUGAGAGCCAAUUAGAUGCAAUGUUGAGAGGAGACAUUUUGACUGCCCUUGCUGUGUUUGGGCAUGGCCUGACGAUAGAUGAAGCAAGUAGGCGUUUUCAUGCCUUCUUACAUGACAGAAAUACACCACUCCUUCCUCCUGACAUAAGAAAGGCAGUGUAUGUGGCUGUAAUGCAAAGAGUAAGCAUGUCUAACAGAUCGGGCUAUGAAUCUCUUCUUAGAGUUUACAGAGAGACUGAUCUAAGGGAGGAGAAAACCCGCAUUUUAAGAUCAGUAGCAUCUUGUCCAGAUCCCAACAUAAUACUGGAAGUUCUCAACUUUUUAUUGUCUUCUGAGGUCCGUAGUCAGGAUGCUGUCGUUGGACUUUCUGUUAGCAGUAAAGGGCAGGAAACAGCUUGGACAUGGCUGAAGGAUAACUGGGAGCACAUCUCAAAGACCUGGGGUUCAGGAUAUCUGAUUCGCUCCUUUUUAAGUGCAAUUGUUUCACCGUUGGCUUCAUUUGAGAAGGUUAAUGAAGUAGAUGAGUUCUUCAAAUCCCAUCCCAACCCGUCGAUAAUGAGGACCUUGAAGCAGAGUAUUGAACAGGUACAGAUUAAUGCCAAAUGGGUUCAGAGUGUUCAGAGUGAGAAACAUCUUGCUGAUGUUGUGACGGAGUUGGCACACAGGAAAUACUAGGCUCCAUGUUUAGCUUGUUCUGUUAUGAAAGGCCAAAUGGGUUCAGAGUAUUCAUUUUCUCAUCCAUGCAAUUUGAUAAAAGGCCAACGUUGAACACAAUGUGACAAAGAUAUCAGGAUGAUUUGUAAGUAGCAAUCUAAUUUCCAACUAUGCUAUCUUUUAUAGAAUGAAUGCGAUUUGUCGACGUGGACAGCAAAUGGGCAACAUUAUAUUAGAUCA